GAGGCGGCGGGGCCGCAGCCCGCACCGGGCCCCGCGGCGGGGCCGCAGCCGGGCGCCGAGGAGAUCGACAUGUCCCUGGAUGACAUCAUAAAGCGGCACAGGAAGGAGCAGCCAGAUGCCAGUGCCGUGGGCGACAGCAGAAGGCAGCAGGUCAAGAACAGGAGCUCAGCCCCUGGCUAUGGGCGGCCCCGGUACCGAGCCUGGAAGCAGAGGAAUCUGCAAGGACCUCAGCGUUUCAGAAGAGGCUUUGGACAGCAGCAGCUCAAUCGGAGGCAGUUCAGGAAUGCUCUGCCUGGUGGCAAGAGAAGAGCAGCUGCUGCAUUCCAAGGAGUGAGCCCGUUGAACCGCCAGGACUCGGCCCAGGAGGGCACCAAGAAGAGCAAUGCUUUUGCCAAAAGCAGUGGUGGGCAGCAGGAGGAACAGCCACAGCCAUCUGCAAGCCCCAAGAGUUUCAGAGCAGAUGCUGCCAGCAUCCGUGCCCCAGGGAGGAGCAGGCCUUUCUUGCUGAACAGGGGAGCAGCAUUCCAGCAGAAGCGGAUGCAGCAGUGGUUCUACAAAGCUCCCUUCCAGAGAUGGCAGAUGGAUUCUCAAGGAGAAGGGAAACCGCCAAGGAUGAGAAGGUGGCAAGUGAAACCCAGCCCGGGAGCAAUUCUGACGGUUUCUGUGCUUAAUCCCCAGGCGGGCCAGCUCAGCCUGCCUGGAUCCAAGCGCCCAUUCCUGCGAAGCCAGAGAGCCCCAGCACAGGUGGCCAAGCCCCAGCCCCGGGGGGUGCUGCUGAGGUUCAACUUCCGCGCCAUGGCCAACCAGGUAGAGGAUUGUCGACGGCACAGGAGGCACCUGGCUCCCUGCAGCAGCCCUGCCACUGAGCUCUUAACGUCACACUCAGGUUUCUGGGGCUGCCAGCUGGGUUUAUCUAACACAGCCUGGGAGGAAAGUCCCGUAGCUGUGUUGGCCAGGUUGCUCACAAAACUGAAGGCACUUGAGAAGACUGCUCAGCAACUACAGACUCAGCCCAGUUUUCCCCACUCUGAUGGCCUGUCUUGGCCUGUCCGUGUGCUUGCUUGGAGCAGGGAGGUCCUGCUGAUGAGUAGUCCUGGCCAGAGGGGACUGUUUCACUGUCAGUGCUUCCCAUUCCUCAGAGACACGUGGCACUUCUGGGCUUUGCUCGCUCUUUGCUUUGGUGCCCUUCUUGGUGUCACAUUUUACACUGAAGUAUGGUCCAAGAGCCCUGGGGCAGCUGAGAAAUCCUGCUCCACCUUCUUCAUUGCCGGCGUCUCUUGUCUGGACGGUUUGGUUUUACCUGGUGCCUUGUGCUCAAAUGCCAUCUGCUUGCUCCUGUUCUUGCCGAGGAUGCCCUGUGUCCUGGGGCUGGGAGCUGCUUGGAGGUUUUCCAGCCACACACAGUCUGUCGAGCUCCCUGUGUCUGUGUGCUGAGUGGUUUAAUUGACUAACCAGCUGUGAAUCACCAGCCUGACUGAUGGGCUCUAAUCAAUACCCCUGCUACGAGUUUGGCUGUGCUUUGCCACAGGACAGGGGACUGACUCGCUCUCGCUUUCCCCUGCAGACCAGCCUGACUCUGGAUGAGAGGUUCUCUGGUCUGAGGAAUAAGAGGCGCUUUACAGCGGCCAGGAGCGCCCGGCGGACGGUCACCAUGCCUUAGGACACGUGCUCGGCACAGGGACUGCCUGGGACACUCCAGGCUCCCUGACACGGCCUCAAUAAAAGUCCUUAGAUUCCCUUUGAGAUAGCUGAUUUGGCAAUGUGCUGUCUCCUUCCUUCCACACAGAGUGAAUGAGUGAGUGAGGGCAGGGAUCAGGCAGGAUGAGCGUUUGGGCCAGAGCACGGGGCAGGUGGGACACGGGCAGGGAGGGGGAUGAGCAGAGAUGGAUUUGCUGGGAAGCUGCAGGGCUGGCACCAGCCCUGUCCCCCUGCCAGGGCACCCUGUGCUGACCAGGGUGAUGGCUGAUAGUGGGAGGGUGUACCAUGGAGCCUUCCUACACUGUCUGGGGUGGGAGGCUUUGAGCAUCAUGUGCCUGCCCACAUGGGAGAAAGUGGGGAUGCUGCAGCUGCCCACAGUCACCAGCAUCCACCCAGCUGCCCAAGUUUUGUUUGCAGGCAUCCCUGCCCAGAGGUUUGCAGUGUAAGACCCCUCCAUCCUGAAAACCUGUUGCUUUGCCCUGACAGGCCUGAGCAGCUUGCAUUUCUCUGUGGAUUGCUGUGCUGCCCUGACUGCUGCUGCAGGGACGGGGUGAGACGUGCCCUGCCGUGCUGCUGGAGUCACUGUCCUCAGCACGGAGCCGGACAGGCUGCCCCAGCCCAGAUCACAUUUUCUUUCCAGUGCUGAGUAGUUCUGCAUUAGGGUUUUUGUAGUUGCAGCUCCACCCAUACUCAAAGCAGCAGCAUAAUCAAACCAGCAGCAGCACUCUGUUAAACAUUGGGUGAGAUGUUAAUGAGCUGGGUUUAGACAUUUGUAAUGAAGCCCUGCAUCAACCCUGAGUAACUGCUCCAUCCUCCAUCCAUUGCUGGAACCCAGCACUGAACAUGCUGGACACAGCCUGUUACUGGGCUCUGAGCUAUACUUAUAACAGGAAAUAUCUGAUAGACUGCUUUAUGUUUUACACCAAGCAUCUUUAAGAGACUGGACUUGGCAUUGGUUUUAUAGGAUUGUGUGAAAUGUUUUAGUUGAUGAAGCAGUGAUGUAUGAGUCCAGUGCACUGAAUAAAAAUCUUAACUUGUCAAA